GGGGUGUGCGGGAGCGCUGCGGGGAUGGAAGAGAGGGAGCAGCUGUGGCGGCAGAUCUGCCAGCUGCAGGGUCUCAUAAAUGACCAUAAAAACACACAUGGGGAUGCACCACGGCCGCUGCCACCUGCACUGCCGAGGUGGAACAACCCCCACCAGCCUGCCUUCAACAGGAGGGGGGCAUUUUCAGCCAGGUACCCCCAGCAGGCUUCCAGGGAUUUCCAGCUGCGCCAAGGUCACUCCUGGAGGAAAAAAUACUCUCUUGUCAACCGGCCGCUGGGAUCAGCAUGUGAGGUUGGAAGUGGUGGAGGUGCCAGCACAUCUUGGGCUUUUGGAAGCCAUGGGGACAGCCAGGCAUCUGAACCACCAGAAUCGUCUCCGGAGAGACAUGUGGACUUAACCACAGAUGGUAAUAUAGUUGUGGGGAUCCAGCUGCCACAGAGGGCUGGCCCAUUUGUAGAUAUGAAAGGCUUUGCUGAUGUGGGUUCUUAUUGUGAAUUUUCUGGGCUGAAAACGGUGGUCAGUGCUCCAAGUGACAGUAAAAAUGUGCAGAAAUCUUCAUACACAAGCCGAAGUGAAGAGAGAAGACCCUCUCUCUCAGUUUCAUUUAGUUCAUCUCACCGGUUUGUGAGUUCAGCGUACGUGAGCAUGUCAGAUAAGCCUAGAAUGGUGCGUCUGUCUGGUGACGUGGCCAGGAGCUCCCUUGCCUCCUGCGGAAGCACCAGUGAAAGCGCUGUGACACUGAAAUCAGAGCCACAGCAGCCUUUGGUGUUGCCAGAUCGCGAGCCAGCUCGGCACUUGGUGCAAAGGAAGUCAGAACCACCAGCUCCAGGGCAGUCUAGUUGUGAGCAAGUCAGAGAUGCUUUCGGAGAGCCGAAGCUCCUUGGAAAUGGCAAGACAUGCUCUAGAUCUGCUCAGGCUGCGACUUUGGUGGUUGGGAUGACUCCAGUGAUGAGCAGUUUUUCUGUAGUCCCCAAAGCUGCUGGUCUCCAAAGAGUUGCCUCAGUAUCCAUCUCCAGCAAAGCUCCAAAGUUCAGGAAAACUAAUUACACGUGGGUUGCAAACCCUGGCAAAUGCUCUUGUACUGUGAAGAGGUGGGUCAGCCCUAGAGCUUCUGAAAGUGCUAAGAAGGUUGCUGGUGGAGCGGACAGAGGUGCUAAACUAUCACCAAAAGCAGAAUUGGGAGUAAAGCUGAAGAAAUCGGGACUGCAGUCUAAACUAGGUGUUUCUCCCAGCAAGUAUAAGUGGAAAGCCACCAGCCUGCAGACCUCACCCUCCACCUCCAAGUCAGCAUUCAGGUGGCGAUCUGAGGAUCAGAUAAAGCCUCCAGCUCCAAACCUCCCUCGAGCUGGUGCUGCCCCACCACCUCAGAGUGCUGCCGCUGUUGGUCUUGGUGGCGCAAAGUCCUCUGGUGAUGCUGUGCUCUCCAGUUAUAAAGUGAAGAGUCGGACAAAAAUCAUCAAGAGAAAAGGAAACUCGGGUUCCCUGACAGAUAAGAAGAACAGCUCCUCACCCACCGUGCCUCUGAAAAGCCACUUCCAUCUCAGGAAGAAAAACUCUUUGCGGGGGAAACCUUCUGUGCCACUGAAACGCUCCUCUCCCAAGGGCCUGGUACAGAUCUCCAAGCACAGGCUCUGCAGGCUGCCGGUCCCUGGGAUGCAGGUCUCUACCAAGGAAGGAGCUAAUUUGCACUUCUUAAGGAGCCCCCCUGCUAACAAGGUGAUAAAGACACGCUACAGGAUAGUGAAGAAGAACGUGGUGUCACCAGCCUUAUCAACCUUUGGCAGCACUGCUCCCAACUGGAAGACGAGGCGCCCUGUGACAUCCAGAUCCCCGCUACUGAACCAAACACGCCUGUCACCUCAAGGCGGCAAGUCCCAGCACGUGCAACAGAGAUGGAGGAGCAAAGGCUAUUGCUGCAUUGGUGGGGUGAUGUACCGAGUAUCGGCAAAUAAACUCUCCAAGACUUCCAGCACCCCUGGCCGGGGCAGAGACCUGAGCACCAAGAGCCCUGGCAGAGCAGCGAGGUUGCAUUGUACGCCUAGUCCUGGCUUUUCUCCAUCCGGCUGCCUGAACAGAUCAGCUACAAGCCGAUACUUCGCCAGCCGUGCUGUUCAGCGGAGUUUGGCCAUCAUUCGUCAAGCUAAACAGAAGAAAAAGAAGAAGGAAUACUGUAUGUACUACAACCGCUUCGGCAAGUGUAAUCGUGGGGAGAGUUGCCCCUACAUUCAUGAUCCGGAGAAGGUGGCCGUCUGCACCAGGUUUCUCCGUGGCACGUGCAAGAAGACAGAUGGGACCUGUUCGUUUUCCCACAAGGUGUCGAAAGACAAGAUGCCGGUGUGCUCCUACUUCUUGAAGGGGAUCUGCAGCAACAGCAACUGCCCAUACAGCCAUGUCUAUGUGUCCAGGAAGGCAGAAGUGUGCCAGGAUUUCCUCAAAGGCUAUUGCCCCAUGGGAGAAAAGUGCAAGAAGAAGCACACGCUAGUUUGCCCUGACUUCGCCAAGAAAGGAGUCUGCCCCAGUGGUGCCCGGUGCAAGCUGCUGCACCCACAGAAGAAACGCCACCCAAAAGAGGCAGAAGAUGGGGAGCGCAGUGAACCCCCCUCCAAGUGGAGACGAGUCUGGGAGGAGACAGGCAGGAAUGAUCCAGCUCAGCUCUGUGAUGAUGGGGAAAUGCCUGGACCCUCCAGUGCGGAGCAAGAAGUUAAGUUUUGGAAAGAGACAGACACCUCGCCAACCAACUGGCUGCAAAAGCUGCCGUCCUUCAUCUCCCUCCAGUCCUCAGCAUCCCCCAGGGACGAGGGCUGCAAAGUGGAGAAGGAUGAGGACGAGCCAGAGGAUGAGCCAGGCAAUGAGAAAAAGAAGAGGACUUUGCCACCGUCAUCCUUGCGGGACUCUGAAAACGCACGUCUGGAAGAGGGCGGCAGAGGCAAACAGCUGCAGAUCAAGCCCCGGCUGUAAGCAAGACCCGAUCAAGCGGCAGCUGACCAGCUCAGGAACUGCAGAGCCGGGCAUGACCUGGCACCUACCUCAGGAUGCCGUGGCCAGAUGCAGCACCCCCUUCUCAUCUUGCUUUUCUGGGACAUCAUUUUGGCAAGGAGACGGAUGGCAGCAUGGGGAAGCACCACCUGUUGCUGCAGGGGAGCAGCUUUGUUUGAAAUACAUUAAUUUGACAAUAGAUUUAUCUUUUCAGCCAGUGUAUUGAAGGCAAGCCCUGCCGUCAGGCUCCCUGCAUGCUUGCAGAGCUAGGAAGAGGCUCCCAUCCCCAUCGGUCCACUCACAGAUUGUGGCUCUGCUGCAGUCCCAGACACAAGGUGAUACAGGGACCUGAGGAGCUUAAUGCCAUCACGUGACAUGCCUGCAUCCAGGUCAGCCACUAUACUGGGGACAAGUGUGGCCAGUGGUUGCAAGUCACUGUGCUGGUGUGUAACAGGGUGUAGAACCCCAACUCAGCUCAGCCCUGAUCUCUUCGUGCCAAGAGACCACCUGCAUCCAUCCCGCUCUAUCCCUUUGCUUUUGGGAGAUUUCUUGGAGUGGAGCUAUGUGCCGAGAGCAUCCCUAGUGGAAACGUGUGUUCGGAGCAGUGCUGAGCUCCCAUCAAAUGCUCCUGCAGCAUGUCAGUGUCUCCCGUGGCCAGUUGCACCCUGACGCCCACCUCUUCCCAUCCCAGAGGGGGUUUGGUCCCCCCUGGGAGACCCAAACCAGCUCUUACGGGUUUUUUUUGGAAACUCCCAAAUCUAAACAGGAGCAAAACACAGGGGGAGCUUUGUGCCGAGUACUCCCAGCCAUGCAGCUGCCAGCACAUUGGGUUUUUGCAUCUGUGGGUACAAUUCCCACAGGGAUUUCGGAGUGGUGGAUGCUGUUCCCCCACACGGAUGAGGUCCUGGGGACGGCUGCAGGACUUCCCUUUCCCAAGAGGUGCAGAGAGUCAGGGUUAGCCAUGCGGGGUGGCAGGCUUUGCUCAUCCACUGCCCUGAGUCGCAGCUGCAGGGAAAAGGCAUCAGCAGGGAUGUGGGUGAGCCCUGGGGCUCCCAGGGGACCCAGCACCCAAGUGUGCUCAGCAGUGGGGUGGGUGGUAGAGCUCGGCAGUGGGCUCAGGGGCACCACGGCUCUGGCAAGGGGCUGAUGGCUGCGUUUUUUCCCCCUGCAACUGGGUGGUGUGGGACCCCACAGGGGUUUCCCUUCCCUAGGUGACCCCCUUGGGUGUUAUCACCCCACAUCUACAGACUGAGAUGCUCUCCCCGGCUUGUGGAGGUGGAUUUAUCGCCUGGCUCACAUGACUGUGGGCACGGCAUGCCACCAAAGGUGAGACGUCAUUAAUGCCUGUAACCUCCCUGGGCUCCUGUUUAGAGAUGCUGCCCACUUCUGAACCAAGAGCUGGCGUGGGGGUUAGUACCACUUGGAGACCAGUUUGGGGAGGCCACGUCCCCAGCAUCCUCCCAGCCAUUGCAAGGACCAGCAGGUCCCCCACUCCGGGGCUGCACUCAUACCCCAGCGUGUGUACAGUGAGCAGUUUUUUAAUAAAAACUUCAUUGUCUCCGUUGAUGUUAAAUGUCUUUUAUUAACCCAUGUGUUUUGAUAUGUAAAUAAAGAGUUUCUUCCCUAGGA